AUGAGGACACUACCUUCACAGCCUCCAAAGGCAAUUGUGAUUCCCCAGCAGCUCCAAAGAUUAGCGUCAAGAACUUCUACUGAAACCUCUUCCUCUGGAGCUAGCCCAUCGAAAGACCUUAUGACAAAAUACGCGUCUGUCGUCUAUUCCAAUUUGGAGGAGCAGCGACACGUUCGACAAUGUGAUGCAGAACUAGUCACUACGGCACACCGUGGCAAGAAAGCUCUCAUCUCCUACGAUUUCACUAAUCCGCUUUUGAUCAAACAACAUACCAUUCCAGCAUUAGAGGCUCUACGCCGUGAGCGCCCUCGAACCGUUGGGCUCAAGAAGUACCAAGAUGUUUCUAUUCUGGGCAGAGCAUAUGCACGGAUGAUAGAUAAGGUUCAAAGUGCGCUCUUUCAAUCGGGUUUUCUACGCAUUUAUGAUGACGCCACAGGGGUGUUGGCUCCUUCAGAAGCUCGUGAGCGCACAUUAGCCCACCAGCGCAUGGCUCACUACCGUAUCCUCGAACUUGAGUACAUGGAGCAUGCUCGAAGUCUCCACGAACACCUUUCGCCAUUACUAGUCGACUACACAAACAGGAUGGAGUAUCGGCACCAUUUACUGCUCCAUUCUAUCGCUGACUAUUCAAUCGAGAAUCUCUUUGUAAGCGUAUCGGCACAAACACUAUACAAGUCCGUCCAGAAUUCGUGCGACGAUAUCCCUGUGAUCCUAUUUCAGUGCCGGCUUGAGGACAUCAUCCGGGGAUCUGUACCCUUGAUAGAUCCCGGCUGCAAGCAAACACGAAUUGAUGCAUUGACCACUAAUGACAUUGUCAGUAUAUCUGAGCUUGCACAGGCCAUUGCAUCUGAGCAAACCGCAGAGCUCCACGAUCCUUCCAUGCUACACCCUGCAAUCCAGCAAUCUUCCCAACCACGUACAGAUAUACUAACGUUGGGAAAACAUCUUAGUACGAUGUUGCUCAAUGAGGAUAGUACUUCUCGAGAUUCACUGGCGCUCAUGGAUGGUUCUCAUAGCAACACUCUAAACAUUUGCAGCGAUCCUGGUGUCGAUCGGAAGGUAGAAGAUACCGAUAGAACUCAUGCUUCUGAUGUUAUCGUUACUCGCCUACUCUCACCAGAUCCUCAACUGUACGCUUCACAGCAAGAACCUCCCUCGCCAGAGUACAGUACUAAACAAGAAUCUCAAAGAUCUCCAAAGAACUUCCAGAUUACGACAAUAACUACGCAGAAAUACACCAAAUCAGGUCUUCCAUUGCCGCAAUCUAGAUUAUGUACACGAGGAACUAGCAGAUUGAAAGCAGAGAUUAAUUUAUCUAAUUUAGACCGUGGUCAGUAUGAAGCACUCCACGCAACCAAUCCUAUAUUGGCCAAACCAAACCGUCAACAGCCUGCGAACACCAUAGAGCCGCUCAUUGGCAGGGCCAUACAGUCCCCGCCAGCAAAACCCAGAACUGUAUCACGAGUGUCGGUACUCAGAAGUCCUACCGUACCCACACGUGAGGCCACACUUCCUCCCAAGGAUCUGCAGGCUUGUCUUGUUCCCUUCACUAAAGUUACCUUUCAGCCGGGGUCUCCAAGCCUACACUUCUCAGAACCAAGUGUACACCCUGUGAGAGAUCCCUUUUCAGAUAGCGAGUCAUCCACCUUAGAGGGUUUUGACACUCUUGAAGACCUUCCUCAAUCACAGGGUCUUCACUUAAGAGCCUGGUCUCCUCUAAUUGCUCAUGCACAUUCAUCAGCUUACCAAGAUCAAGGACGUAAUAAGUCUGUGCCUCAUACCAAGAACUCGUCACCCAGAAGUCCUGUCACCACGUCUCCUACACACCCAUAUCCUAGGCUUAGAGACAGAUUUGGCUCUCCUUUAUUGGCUCUCUCAACCAAGCGGCUUAGCACAGAAGCGACGCAAGUACUAAGAUGCAAAGAACACCUACAGCUCUGUAUUUCGCAUUACUGCAAGCUUGCUUUACAUGGAAACCCCUCUAACUAUUCCACAGGCUUCACAUAUACUUCUUGGCUGACAGCAGAUCCUAUUAACGUGGUUGAGGCUAUGCGCCACCUGGCUCCUCAGUGGCCCAAUGAGAAGAGUUGUGAAAGACUGCAGAAAAUUAGAAGGGUACCUUCAGAGCUUACCACAAGCUUGCCACGGAAACUUAUAUGGAUGAACCCUGUGUAUAGGGAGCCUUUCAAUGACGUUAGAGACUUGUGCUUUUCAAUCAUGUGGAUGCUUACGGGGGAGUGCGCACCGUCAUGGUAUGUACCGAGCUCCAGAGCUAUGAAGAAGCGCCGUGCAGACAUGAAUAGGAGGCUUCUGCUCAACCUAGGGGCAAUAGACACAUAUGAUGAGCGAGAAAUGACCCCAGGAGUAUUUGCACAACUAGUGUCUCUCAAUAGGAGACUAGAAAGAAAGCCUACUAUGUCUCGUGACUCCGCACUUCCUUUCUCAAGAGGAAGAACUUCUGCAACUAGUAGAUCACAAGAGCUAGACAUUUCAGACAGCACUCAUGACCCCAGCAGCACAGCAAAUUCGCUCAGGGAGGCAGAAUACUGUGACACAUACAACGCUGCUCUUCAAGAGCUCUAUUAUAGAGAAGUUCCUGCUGUUGAGCGGUUCCACUUUCCCAAGAACCAGAUUGUGUAUGGAGCCUAUCUGGCUUCUUCUAUUCCCUAUUACCAUGAAGACCUCGAUUUCGUUCUUGCUGAGCUGGAGUCCAGAAGUUACAACAAUAUUAUUUCUAUAGGACCAGUAAUAGAGCGUGCUAUGAAGCACGAGAGGAACGACAACUAUGACCCUUCGUUUACCCUAGAACGUGUAGGGCUUAAACGAAAGCAGCUCGCCACCUUAGCUAGCGGGAUAGAAAAGCCAUCAGAUGCGGAGCUUUACCUAAUGAAUGGAGGCGUAACUCCAUACGUUAGUCCAUGUCUUUCAGAGUUCAGUAGCUUCAUUGCUGCUGGAUCAGACUCUGGUGCAUCGGAUAGUAGUGAAAGCCCUCAAUCUCGUUCUUUACCAGACUCCGAAAUAAGCCUGCUGUACGAAGACGGAGAUAUCAGCAUCAAAAGCCGUCCCUCAUUACAAUCUGAGCAAUGUAAUGGCAGCAUGUCCAUAUCUGAGCUUACAGAGUCGCAAGAGAAGACCCCUGCCAAGAUUCCCUUUAGUUCUAGAGACACCCUAUCUGAUGAUUGGACUGAUAUGUUUUUGCAGCGCGUAGUUCAUAAGCUUAAGACAUAUUCCAAGGUGCAGUUGCACCUCCUUAGAGACAGCAAUCCUAACUAUUACACAGGGCACUACGCAGCCUUGAACAUGCAAGUGGUUAGCGCUGGCAAGUCCAUCAACGGGUGCACCCAGUCAACGAACAGAAGCUCUCCACCAACAACCCCGCAUAUGCCCCAGACGAAAGUCACCAGAAAGACGCUGGUACGGUCGAGUGACCAGUAUGGCACCAGUUCAAUUGCACGGAUAAUUGAACAUCCACUGGAUUUUACUGAUGAGCUUUCGGCAAGUGAGCAUCCAGCUGCCUCCACUCAUCGCGUGAGAGUCCACGAGGGUAAGCAGGCAGAACCAAAUGCGCUGGCGACACCCUAUGAUUCACGAAGGCUUCAAGUCAUAGAUGUUCACUACCCUAACCGUCGGGCACUUAGGAAAGGAUGCUAUGUGAACCUGCAGCUUCUGGCAGACCUCUCCUAUUUCAAGGAGACAGAGGAGCGUCAGAGAGAGAUCUCUAAUGCGUACCUCUUAGAUCCCGAUAUAUAUCUGGCAGACAGCACAAUAAGAGCUUACUACGAUGAACCUCUGCUUCCAUAUUACCAGUUCCAAAACCCUUCAAUCACUGCAGGCAUAUACAUAGUUACAAAAAAUUAUGCAAAACCUCCUCAAUCAGUGACCUUUAUUGAUGGAUUUUCAGAUGACGAAGUUAUAAAGAUUACGAAAAAGAAAAGGACACAGAUGCAGCACUGGAGCAACUCUCCACAUUUGUAUUUACCUUUUGUUCGAACAAUUCUCAGGAAUGCUGAGUUCCACCUCCUUGAGUCAUAUCCUUUUGACUUCUUUUCAACCAAGCCGAGUACCGAGCCAAGCAGUAAUGGCAUAUCUAAAGGAGAGUCGCUCUUUUGUAGACCUUGUGACUUCACUCGUGACAUGUUAAGUUCACAAACAUCUCAAGGACCUACAACAGCAGUCACAGCAAUAACGGCAAUUGAUAACCUGCAGGAAGCGGAACCACAGACCAUGCUGACAGACAGGGUAUCUGCAGAGAUUGUCGGGGCUGAUACCCAGGCAUUUGAGUUGAGUGACAACAAUCUACUUACGUUGUUUUCGCUACGUGUCUCAAACAUAAAGGAAAUAAUCAACAGGCUAUUGCACUGGAUAGAAAUGGUGUACCCUCUACUUAUGCUAGAUGGACGGGCGCUUUUGUCGUCCGUUUGUGGAUCCAGCUAUUGGGCAGAUGUCACUAACAGUUCACUUGAGUUAGAGAAGCGCUCGAAGAAAGAGCAGCUUGCUGCAAUGUAUAGAAGGUAUCUGCACUCUCGUGACGUAAGAAAUAUUCCAGAGAUAGCACAGCCCGAAGGAGAUCAAGUGCAUGCAAGAGCCAUGGAUAAUAUGCAGUUAUUUGAACUGAAGCGUAACGACGCAAUCAGGUUUCUGAAACUAGCCAAUAGGAUGUAUGCAGAGUGUGUAGCCGAAGCCGUUGUCUACAUAGUAUGUCAGGUCGUUCUUCCAACGAUUAAAUCGAUACUGAGCUUGAUAGCUAAAGAAGCCACGGCAAUGAUGGACUUGGCGCGCCUUACAGUAUUUAAAUAUAUGGUAUACCUGAAAAAGGCUGAGCCAGAUCACACUAUCUUAGUCAAGGCAAACACAGACUACUUCAAAAUCCUCGAGUACUGUGAAAGAGUGACAAGCCAGAUAUUCUGGUUGUUCAGGCACAUACCGAGCGUAGAUAACAGCCUUAUUACAAUAUCUCACACCAGCGAGGCUAGAGACCAAGCAAAUAACCAGGGCUUUCGAAUGGCAAAGGUGAUCAUUCGCUGUAUUCCGUCCAUGCGGACAGCCUGGAAUGUCUGCAAGUUAAUGUUCAUUAAAGUCAGAGCCACCUUAAGCGCAGGAAUGCAGUGUCUAGUCAACAUGCCCGAGGCCCCAACUCUUCCCAGAUACGUUUUCAGAUUCACAGGAAAUACAGAGGAGACCGGACACAACCAUCAGGAACCAGGCUGCAGCGACCGCAGGACUAUAGUUUUUGGCUACCCAACUUCAAAUCUAUAUAGACAGUGCUCUACGCUGCAGCUAGAGUUUUCUCUAAAGAAGAAUACGCGACUCUGCACAAUAUCAGGGCUGGCACAAUUUGAGUAUCUUCUACCCAAAGCACCCGAAACAGCCGUUACUGACAAGACACACGAGAAACAGUUCUGGCCCUUUCAUAAGUAUGGAUACUACCACCUACUGCACAGCCUAUUUGAGCACUUUGAUGACAGAGUGGAGCCACUUAAAGCUCUUGUCAGUACUGGAAGUAAAAGUAUUGCACAUGACAGCGAGGAUUGCGGCUUCAGCAGCAGCGUAAAUGGCAGCAUAUCGUUGAUUGAUAGCGAAGAAGAUUAUGUAGAUGAAGAAGAAUUUGGAAACUAA